GUUCCCCUCUCCCUCUCCCUCUCGCGUCUUCUUUCUUUCUCCUCGCAACAUUUCGUCCGACUCAACUCACGGGCGAGCGGGAACGAGAGCGCGGCCGCCAUUUUGACCCGCCCGGCCGGCGGAUCAAGAGCCCUUAUAAGCGCCUUUUCUUCCCCAUACGGCUUCUCACGCAAGCUGAGUUUUUUGCUCCACCUGCGCCGGUCGCAGAUUCCCGCGAAAGCGAGGGCCAGAGCUUUUCUUUUCUAUCUAUCUUGCUCUGUCCUCUCCCCCCUUUGUGCUCUCCGUCCCGCCAAAGCGGCAGAAAGCUGCAGCUGUUCUUGAUUCUUGCGGGGGACUGCCGGCACGGCUCGCCGGUCUUGGCGGCCUGGACGUGAAGGAGCCGCGGCGCGGCGGGGGCGAUCGAUGGGCACGGUGAAGGCGUGGGUGGCGGGCAAGUACGCGGAGCCCAUGGGGCCGAUGCACGACUCGCUGCGCGUCGCCUACGUGGUCUUCUCCUUCUGCGCCGCCUUCUUGCUCGGCGGCAUCAAAGCGAUGGUGGUCGGCCCGGUGGCGGCGGCGCUGAUGAUACUGGGGAACGUGGGCGUCAUACUCGUGCUCUUCCCGGCGCACGUCUGGUGGACCAUCUACUCGCUCAUCAAGACGGACCGCAUCAACGCGGGCCUGAAGCUGGCGGUGGCCAUCGCGCUGCCGGUGCUGUUCGGGCUGUGGCUUGGGCUGGGCAUCUUCGGGAGCGCCCUGGUGGCCCUGGGCUACGGCUUCUUCACGCCGUGGAUCUCGACCUUCGAGGCGUUCCGGCAGGAGAGCGAGGCCAAGAAGUUCGUGCAUGGCAUUGUGGACGGGACGUGGGGAACGAUCAAGGGCAGCUGCACGGUGGUGAGGGACUUCGCGGACAUGUGCUUCCACUCCUACCCCGUUUACCUCAAGGAGCUCCGCGAGUGCGCCCAGGACCGCGAACCCCUCUCCAUAAGGCUGUUGGACGUGCCGUCGUGCAUACUCGUCGGCCUCCUGGGUUUGAUCGUGGACAUACCGCUCUACACGGUGAUCGCGCUGAUCAAGAGCCCCUACAUGCUCUUCAAGGGCUGGCAGAGGCUGCUGCACGACCUCAUCAGCCGCGAAGGCCCCUUCCUGGAGCCGGUCUGCGUGCCCAUCGCCGGCCUCGCCAUCCUUUUCUGGCCCCUAGUGGUGGUCGGGAGCGUCCUGCUGGCCGUCGUCUCCAGCAUCUUCGUGGGUCUCUACGGAGCGGUCAUCGUCUACCAGGAGAAGUCGUUCCGGCGGGGGGCUUCGUACGUGGUGACCAUGGUCGCCGAGUUUGACGAGUACACCAACGACUGGCUUUACCUUCGCGAAGGCACUGUUCUCCCAAAGCCUUCCUAUCGGAAGAGGAAACUGUCCGAUUCCGCGGAGUUCUCGGUCCGGCCAAAUGUUUCUGUCAGGGGAGGUGAGCACCCUAGUUCAUCCAGUGAAGCACCAGCAAUGCUGGUUCCCACUUUGGUUCCGGCGAGGUCCGUCAGAGAGGCGAUACAAGAGGUCAAAAUGGUCCAGAUAUGGGAAAACGUUAUGAAGUCAUGCGAGCAGAGGGGCAGGGACCUACUGAACCUGAAUGUCAUAACCAGCGUGGACCUGACCGAGUGGCUGAGAACAAAAGACGGUGGCAAUGAGACGAUAAACCUGGGGUUGCCUUCCUAUGACAUGCUGUGCACCGUCCUGCAGUCGAUCAAGGCCGGCUCCGCGGGGCUGCUGCUCGGCAACGGCGUGGAGGUCGACCAGCAGAACCGGCCGCAGGACCUGCUGCUGGACUGGUUCUUCCACCCCGUGCUGGUGCUCAAGGACCAGAUACAGGUGCUCAAGAUGACCGAGCAGGAGGUGAGGUUCCUGGAGAAGUCGACCCUUUUCGUCGGUGGCAGUUCUGCUGCUGCCACUGCGGAUGCGUGGGAUAAUGGCGCCGAGACCCCCCGAGAUCCCGUGAGGACCGCGCAGAUCCAGGCGAUCAGUAGAAGGAUGGUGGGGAUAGUGAGGAGCAUGUCCAAGUUCCCGACGUACCGCAGGCGAUACAGGCAUGUGGUGAAGCUACUGGUGGCGUACGCGGUGGAGCGGGAAGGGUCGUUCGGGUCGUCGGCGUCAGGUCCGUCGGUCUCCUUCGAAAUCACACGCCUCGAAGUGUAGAUAAUGCCGUCGUCUUUUGCUUCUUUUUCGUCAGUAUAUAAGUAGGUAUCGCACGCCGUUUUUGUCUGUGCCUCUCCUGUUUCAAGUCUACUAGGAGCUUCUGUAAUUUUGUGUGGUGGUAGUACUUUUUUUUUUUUCCCUUUAGGUAAUGGGAGUGUGUAUAGUUGUUGUGUUGUGAGAUGAUGCGCGUGGCAUGAUCUUCAGCUGUGCUGUAAAUUCUUGUAUAUACAUUUUCCUAGGGAAUUGUUUGGUUCUUUAGGUGUUAUACAUUGUUGCAUCUUU